UUGAUCAUUCAAAAAGUAUCACACAUCAGAUAUAUAUAAAUAUAUAUAUUCUCCACAAAUUAUAUUUUAUAUUAAGAAUAAACCAAAUAGAGAUGGUAAUUUGGAAGCAGUUUGUAAACUGCAUUAAGAAGGGCACCGGCCAGAAAAACGGCGGAGGAGGCAAGAAUAAGGUACCGACACCAAAACUGAUCAAUAUGUCGGAUAUACUGCAGCGAGUGCCGCCCAAUCAGCUGCCACAGUUCCAGAUGUUCAAGAAAAGAAAUGAAAAGUACAGAGCGCGCGUUGGCAAAUAUCCCGAUUCCAUGCCGAAAAUCGACUGGGAAUACUAUCGCAAGAAUGUGCGGCCAGAGUUCGUCAGUUGGGUGACACAAUUCGAGCAGAAAUACGAUAAGCUUGAUACCCUGUUCGUGAAUCGGCACGUGAUGCUGAGCAGUCGGCGAUACUUCGAGGAGGUCAACAAGGAGGCGGAGGAUAUGCAGCGGGAGAUCUGUGAGUACAAGGAGGAGUCGGACAAGCGCAUCAAGGUGCUCAACGAACAGCUGGACGUCCUGAAGGCCAUGAUGCCCUACGAGCAGAUGACCAUGGAGGAGUUCUGCCUUCACCGGCCACACUUGGCCCCCGAUUUCAUAAACAAGCCCACAUUCUGGCCGCACACACCCGAGGAGCAGACGCCAGGGCCCUCUGAUCCAACGGCCAUGCAUCCGGAAGAGCCAGAAGAGCCGCCAAAGCCACCGUCCAAGCCACCUGCGCCCACUGCUGCGGCAGCCACAGAUGCCAAACCGACGGAGGCCAAGAAACCCGCCGAAUCAAGUCCAUCCCCAAAGAAGGAAGAACCUUCAAAGGCUGUUGAGGAAAUGACAGAGAAAGGCGCGGAGAUGGCCAAAGAGUUGGCAAUAAAGGCGCAACAGUUUCUCACUUUCGCCAUAGCAAAGAUCUCACAGAUGGUGAAACAGGUGCAGGGAGCGGCAGCGUCCGCCAGAGCUGCCAAAGCGGCAGCGAAGGCCAAACCGAAACCAACAGAAGUCACAGCGAAGCCAUCGGAAGGAUCAGCAUUGGCCAAGUCCAAAGCAAAAUCCAAAUCAGAAGACGAAGACGAUGAUCACUACCAUCGUCGGGAGCACUCGCCGAACAUUUGCACACAGACCAUUAUCCGGGGCGACGCAACGCAGUUGAAUCCCGAUGUGAAGGCAAAGCAUACGCAUCUCAGCAUCGACGGGGAUGACGAUGAGGAUGAUUUGCCAGAGGAAAAGCGUAAGAGGUGCACGGAAAUGGAAUGCAAACGCAAGAACAAGGAAAAGCAGGCUGACAACUGCGACGAUGACGAUGACGACGACGACAAUGAUAUCCCAUGCAAGUAUCAGAAAAAACGAGAGAUUUCCGAAUGUGAAGCUUACUGUCAGUCGCGGGACAAAGAGGAAUCCCCGGCAAAGGACUGCGCGGAGCAGCAGAAAUGUGAGGCUGAGGAAUCGGACAACGAAUGUGAAAUGGAAUCAACGAAAAAGAAGGAAAAAAAGGUACAAUUCGAAGAUGCAGCCAAUGCAGAUUUUUCCGUUUCAAUUACCACCUGUGAGCCUGUUCAGAAGAGCGGAGAAAUCGACAAAAAAGGGACAAGGGAUCCAUGCAAACCUCAGGAAAAGGCCUCCCUAAGCCAGAUGCCGGAUGGCGGAAACUCAAGCCAAGGCAUGUGGAUGGGCCAGAAAGGCAUUGACAUAAUGAGCUCCGAUCAGCAUCCAAAAGAGCCCAAGGAACCACCGAAUAUGGGGGCUACGGAUGUUUCCGUCAAACAGAAGAGUAAUUGGUACAAAGAUACAAAGGAAUUGGAGACAGAAGAGCCCAAAGACAAAGGAGCGAAAGCUAAAGCCAGAGAUGCAGUUGCGCCUGGCGAUCCAAAAGAGGUGCAGGAAUCUCCAAUCACUGUCUAUCCGCGAAUGGAGAUUGCAGCAAAAGCAAAGAAAUCCAAGCCUGAACCACCGCCAGUGGCGGUCGAAAAGGAGACCACAGAUGACAUGGCCAAACGGGUCUUUGACAUGGCCACAGAUGCCGCCUCAAUGCUCAGCGAAGCCACCAUCUCCGUAGAGGAGGCCAAGAAGUUGAAGAGUCAUCGCAUCGAGACCCUGGAGGCCGCCUAUCGAUCCGCCCACAAGCAGGCGAAUCGGGCUCUGGCCGAGGCCUUCAAGGCCGUGGAAGCGGCCAAAAAGUUGGCCAAGAGAUCGCGCAGCUCAAGCGAAUCGCAGUUCCGGGAUCACGAUGCCCAGGCGAUGGCCGAGAAGCAUGCACUGCUGGCCAAGAUGUUGGUCAAUCGUGCGGUGGCCCUGAAGAAGGAAAUCGCCAAGGUUCUCGAGAAACUGAAGCCCCAAGAGUGAUCCCAGUCCCCUCCAAUCAAGAGUUUAUUCCACAAUUUAAGCAAUGUUUUGCUUUUUUGUUUUCGAUGUUUAGUUUCUAUUAAAUUUUCUGCAGCAUU